AUGGCAUAUCUCAAGAUCGGCACGGUCGAUCCCAACUACCCUGCUGUCUCGAACCCUUGCAAUGGCGAUACAGUGCAUGUCUCAUCCCUCUUUUCGCUCGUGGGCAGAACUGCCCUAAUUACAGGCGGCAAUGGUGGAAUUGGUGGCUACAUGGCACGAGGCAUGGCCGAAGCUGGCGCCGACAUCAUCAUCUUCAAGAUUCCAGGAGAGCAAUCCACGUUCCCAGACGAAUUGGGCAAGCAGACGGGACGGAAAGUUCAUGUCUAUGAGUGUGACCUAGGGGAUAGUGAAGCGAUUAGGGCUGCAGUUGCGAAAGUACUUGAAGAUGGGUUGACGGUUGAUAUCUUGUGCAAUGUAGCAGGAAUCAGUGGGGAGUUCGUGCAGGUUCUGGAUGAAAAUGACGACCAUCGAGGAAAGGUCGCUCAAAUCCACUACCAUGCACCUUAUGUGCUUUCGCAACUUAUAGGCCAUCAUAUGGCCAGUCGGCAAAAGGGCGGCAAGAUAAUCAACAUCUCGUCCAUUGCCGCUUUUCGCCCGCAGACCCGAUUCUCUACGUAUGGCCCUAUGAAGGCCGCCCUGAGCCACCUGACGGAAACAUUGGCCACAGAAUUCGCAAGGUAUAAUAUUCAAGUUAAUGACUUAGUCCCCGGGUGUGUUACAGAUCCUUCGCUCUUCCUUGACACAGAAUCCAGUACAGCUGACGCCCUCUAG